UUUCGCUCACUCUCGCCAUUUGUCAACAGCCUCUGCUGAUCGUUGUUCUUGACCUGCAAUUUUCUGUUAGAGAUUCAAUCCAUCCAUCGAUUAAAUUAGGGCAAAAAAAAUGGGAGGGGGAGAGCAUGGGCAUGGGCAUGGAGCUGAGGAUUUCAGGAAGAAGGUGUGGAGCUUCUCCGGAGGUCCGUACUGCCGGCCCAAGCACUGGCGUCGCAACACUGCCUUUGCCAUGUUCGGCGUCUUCCUCAUCUGCAUCCCCAUUGCCAUGAAAUCAGCCGAGCUCGAGCAACGGCCUCAUCAGCCUGUCCGUCCGAUUCCUUCGCAGCUCUGGUGCAAGAACUUCGGGAACAAAGAUUAUUAAAGUCUGGCUGGGACUGUUUGAUGAAGUACCAACGGUGCUUCAAACCAGCAAACAUGUACUUGUUUAUUUGCAGUGGAUUUGAUAACUUUAUCAAUAAGUUGUGUUUGUUUUGGUU